GAGAGAGAGGGGGAGAGAGAGAAAGAGAGAUGGAGGAGAGUCGCGAACCCACGCGGGGCACCGGAGGCUGCUGCAGCGGGAGGAGCGGGCCCGUCCGGAGGAGCAGCGGCCGGCUGAGGCUCGACGCCCCGCAGCUGAGGCGGUUGCUAGGCGACAGUGGAGUCCAUGCAGAGCUGCAGAACACCAGGAUGGCGCGCCUGCUGCCCCCUGUUGGCACAGAGGUGUUCAGGCGCCUCAGCCCCGCCUCCCUGCAGGAGAUGGAGCGCCGGCAGCAGCAGGAGGAGGAGGAGGAGGAGGAGCAGAGGAGGAAGGAGCAGAAGAUAAAGGUGGAACUGGAGGCCGGGAAGCCCCUCCCCUUUUUCUACGGAGACCCGCCCCCUGAGCUAAUCAGCACCCCAUUGGAGGAGCUGGACCCCUACUACCAAUCACAGGAGACCUUCAUCGUGGUGGCUAAGGGGAACGUGGUGCACAGGUUUGACGCGGCGCUGUCCUGCUUCCUGUUGGGUCCGCUCAGCGGCGUGAGGACGGCCGCCAUCAGGCUCCUCGUCCACCCUUUCUUCAGCGUCUUCAUGAUGGUGACGAUCCUCCUGCACUUCGUCCUGAUGGCCUCAAGCUGGCAGCCAGGCUGGGGGGAGGCUCCAGAGUACGUGUUCACAGCCGUCUACGUGUUUGAGGUGGUGGUGAAAGUGCUGUCCCGGGGUUUCUGCGUGGGACGGUUCAGCUUCCUCAGGGACCCGUGGAACUGGCUGGACUCCGUCCUCAUCCUCCUGACGUGUGUGAGGUUCUGGGUAUACAUGGGAAAUCUUUCUGCACUGAGGACUUUCAGAGUUCUCCCAUUCCUGUCGACAGUCACCCCAGGUCUGAAGACGACAGCGGGGGCUCUCGUCCAAUCGGUGAAGAGGCUCGGUGAUGUCAUGAUCCUGACGGUGUUCUUCCUCAGCGUCUUCGCUCUGAUUGGCCUGCAGCUCUUCAUGGGAAACCUGCGGCACAAAUGUGUCAUCUGGCCGAUCGACCUCAACACGUCAGAGCCCUUCUCGUUCCAGGAAUACAUCACCAACACCACAAACCAAUACUACCUUCCUGGUCAGUUGGAUGCUCUGCUGUGUGGGAACAGCUCUGAUGCUGGGAUGUGUCCAGAAGGCUACACUUGUAUCAAGGCAGGAAAUAACCCAAACUACGGAUUCACCAACUUCGAUUCGUUUGGUUGGGCCUUCCUCUCUGCGUUCAGACUGAUGACAUGGGACUUCUGGGAAAAUCUCUGCAUGCUGACUUUGCGUUCAGCUGGUAAGACCUAUGUGAUCUUCUUCAUGAUCAUCACCUUCCUGGGUUCCUUCUACCUGUUGAACCUCAUCCUGGCGGUGGUGGUCAUGGCGUACACCGAGCUGAACGAGGGCAUCGCAGCUGAGGCCAAGCGGAAAGAGGACGAGUACAACCAGAUCCUGAAGGCACUGAAGAAGAGAGAGAAAGAGGCAGCCUGUGGGCACAGUGCAUCAGCUGAAGUCAAGACCCAUGAGCAAGGACACACUGUUGUGGAUGCAGAGAAGGAGAAAGACCGGAGGACCUGCCCGUCAUGUUGCUAUGACUUCGCCGGCGGCGUCCUGAAGUGGAACUGCUGUGGUUGUUGGCGCCGGGUCAAACAGCGGCUGCACGCCUUCGUCAUGGAUCCGUUCUUUGACCUUGGAAUCACCAUCUGUAUGAUCGUCAACACCAUCUUCCUGGCCAUGGAGCAUUACCCCAUGACGGCUGCAUUUGAUGAAAUGCUGAAUAUUGGAAACCUGGUCUUUACAGGAAUCCUCGUGGCUGAGAUGCUCCUCAAGCUGCUGGCCAUGGACCCGUACUACUACUUCCAGGUGGGGUGGAACAUCUUUGACAGCAUCGUAGUCUUCACAGCCGUUCUUGAGCUGGUACUGGCUGAUGUGUCUGGCUUGUCUCUGCUGCGCUCCUUCCGCCUGUUGCGAGUGUUUAAGCUGGUGAAGAGCUGGCUGCCCCACAGCAGACCAUGGAAGAUCAUAAAGAACUCGUUGGGCGCUCUGGCCAAUCUGCUGCUGGUCCUGUUCAUCGUCCUCAUCAUCUUCGCCGAGGUCGGCCGGCAGCUGUUUGGGAGGAGCUACCAAGACUGUGUUUGUAAAAUCUCCUAUGACUGUGAGCUUCCUCGCUGGCACAUGAACGACCUCUACCACGCCUUCCUGAUCAUGUUCAGGGCGCUGUGUGGAGAAUGGAUAGAAACCAUGUGGGACUGCAUGGAGGUCGCAGGUCAGGCCCAGUGUCUGAUCUUCUACAUGGUGGUCGUGUUCAUCUGCAAGCUGUUGGUGGUGAAUCUGUUCCUGGCCUUGGUGCUGAGCGCGUUCAGAAACACCCCGGCGGCUACGGAGGAAAAGAGCAACAUGCAGAUCGCCAUGAGCAGGAUAUGGACUCUGCUGGGGAAGAGCCACGCCGAGCCGGAACACGCUGGAGUGGACAAGAAGGCUGAGGACAGGAAGGAGUACCUGGCUCUGACCUCUGUGGCCUCAGACCAGCCCUCGUCCGACGCCCUCGCCGCUGUCAGGGUGCCCCUCGCCACUGAUGACGACAGUGAUGACUUGAUGGAGAAAGACACCAAAGAGGAUUUCCAUGAGCAGCCUUCAGUGUGCAGCACGAUGCAGAAGACUCCUGUGGCAGCAGAGAAAAAGGAGGAAGAAGAUCUCAAAGGCAGCCAACCCAAAGACUGCUGUGAUGCUGGCUGUUACAGAUGCUGUCCUUGGCUCGAUGUCGACAUGUCCCGGGGCCCAGGGAAAGUCUGGCUUCACCUCAGGAAAACCUGCUUCUCCAUCGUGGAGCACACAUCCUUUGAGGCGUUCAUGACGGUGGUGAUUCUGCUCAGCUGUGGCAUUCUGGCGUUUGAAGACAUCUACCUGGAGCAGCGUCCCGCCCUGAGGGCCAUCCUGGAGUACGCCGAGCUGGUCUUCACCUACAUCUUCGUCACGGAGAUGCUGCUCAAGUGGGUGGCCUACGGCCUCAGGGCCUACUUCACCAACGCCUGGUGCUGGCUGGACUUCCUCAUCGUCAAUGUUUCCGUGAUGCAUCUGACUGCGAGUGCCCUGGGAUUCUCGGGGAUCUCGCCCCUCAGGUCCCUGAGGGCCCUCAGGUCUCUGAAGACUUUGUGUCGCUGUGAAGGCAUGAAGGUGGUGGCCGGAGCCCUGGUUGGAGCGAUCCCGUCCCUGUCGCAGGUUCUGCUGGUGUGUUUGACGAUCUGGUUGAUCUUCGGCAUCAUGGGAGUGAAUCUGUUUGCCGGGAAGUUCUUCUACUGUUUCAACGAGACGUCGGAGGAAUACUUCCUCCCUGAAGUCGUCAGCAACAAGACCGAGUGUGUGAUGCUGGUGGGGAUGGACUACCACGAGGUCCGCUGGAAGAACGUCAGGAUCAACUUCGACCACAUAGGGAUGGCCUACCUGGCCCUGCUGCAAGUCGCGACGUUCAAAGGCUGGAUGGACAUCAUGUAUGCAGCUGUGGACACCACCAUGAUAGAAGACCAGCCCUUCUAUGAAGCAAACCCUUACAUGUACCUCUAUUUUGUCCUCUUCGCCAUCUUCGGUUCCCUCUUCACUCUCCAACUCUUCACCGGAGUCAUCAUCGAGUCCUUCAGGCAGCAGAAAGCCAAGCUGGAGGAGGCAGGUGUCUUCAUGACGGAGAGCCAGAGGAAAUAUCACAAGGCCAUGAAGAAACUGGGCUCCAAGAAACCUCUGAAACCUGUACCGCGGCCUCAGAACGCGUGCCAGGGUCUGGUGUUCGACCUGGUAACCAGCAAGUGGUUUGAGAUCUUCGUCGCGGUUAUGAUCUGUCUCAGCAUGGUGGUCAUGAUGCUGGAGACGGAUGACCAGAGCGACGAGAAAGAGGUGAUCCUCUACUGGAUGCAUUUCUUCUUCAUCAGCCUCUUCACUGUUGAGUGUUGUCUGAGGAUCUUUGGGCUGAGGCGUCACUUCUUCGCUGACUGCUGGAACAUCUUGGACUUUGUGGUGAUCCUCAUGUCCGUUGUUGGUCUUUUCCUAGCGGACCUCAUAGAGAAGUAUUUCAUCUCCCCCGUGCUGUUCCGUGUGGUACGAUUGACUCGAGUCUUCCUCGUCCUGCGCCUCAUCCGUUUUACCAAGGGCAUCCGGAUGCUGCUCGGCACUCUGAAGAAAUCACUUCCUGCUCUGCUCAGCGUCGGCGUCCUCCUCUUCCUCAUCAUGUUCAUCUAUUCCAUUUUCGGCAUGUACAGCUUCGCCUAUGUCAAACAUGGAGCCGGGAUUGACGACAUGUGGAACUUCGAGACCUUCGGCAACAGCAUCGUUUCUCUCUUCAUGAGCAGCGUGUCAGGCCAGUGGGACGGCAUGCUCUUACCCAUCUUGAGCACGCCUCCAGACUGCGACCCGUAUCUGGGGAACCCAGGAACGUCCGUCAUAGGGGACUGUGGCAAGCCGACGGCGGGCAUCGUGUUCUUCUCCAGCUACAUCAUCCUGACGUUUCUCAUGGCCAUCACGUUCAUCACCAUCGUCCUGGAGAGCUACAGGGAGUUGACAGAGGAGAGGUCCGAGCCGCUGUGUGAGGACGACUUCGACAUGUUCUACGAAAACUGGCAGAGGUUUGACCCGGCAGCUUCGCAGUUCAUACAAUACAGUGCGCUGUCAGAUUUCUGUGACACCCUGCUGGAUCCUCUGAGGAUUCCUAAACCCAACGCCGUUAAACUGAUGAACAUGGAUCUGCCCCUGAUGUCUGGAGACAGAAUCCACUGUCUGGACAUCCUGCUGGCCCUGACCAGUGAGGUGCUGGGCGACUCGGGGGAGAUGGAUGACCUCAAAGCCAGUGUGAAGGAGAGGUUCAUGGCCAACAACCCCUCCAAGGUGUCGUAUGAACCAGUCAGCAGCACCCGGCGCAAGAAACAGCAGGAAGUGGCGGCAAGCGUCAUCCAGAGAGCGUACAAGAAACACCGAGAGGAACCGAGGAAGCAGGGCAAGGAGGAACCUGGAGACGUUCCUGCAGAAGAAGGCGAGAAGCUCCCUGUCGCUGCGGUUCUCCUCCACUCCUCCCCCGGCAGCGGCGCCCCAAGCCUCCCGCCGGCGGAGGAGCAGUCCAUCGCCUGAACGCACGGCGACAGGCGGCAGCCGCGAGGAGCUGCAGGUGGUCGACUGCUCCACAGGAGGCGCCUCCAACAGACCGAAUCACCACAACAUCACUAACAACAACCACAGUCACUUCCUGGUAGAAAACUGUCCGUUCAUUUGAUUUGCAGAGGCUUGUGAGAUCAGGACAUUUAUGGUGAUUUUCCAUUAGCACCUACUCGGCUCUACUCAGCUCGACUCUACCCGACUAGACUUGGAUGCAGUGGUUUUCCAUUACAAUUGAGUACUAUCUCAUCGUGGGUGGAGUCGUCAUAGCAACGCGGCCCCGCCACCAAGCACAGAAAAGUCUCCACCUCUUCAUUUGACCACUGUACUGGUUUGCAUGCCAUUUUCCAAUUUUGCCAACUUAAGCUAUGAUCAAUUCACACGGUCGCUGUUGCUGUUUUUUUUUUGGGGUUU